AUGAUCGUUGAAGCUCUUUCUUCUGACGAUAGAAAAGCGCAAUUCCGCGCACUCGACGCAGAACAAGGCGGCAACAUCGACCUCCAAUCGUUGAACAAGCUCUUCGAACAAGACCUCGAAGCUGUCGAAAAAUUCCUCGAAGGAAUCAUGAACAGCGUCGAUCUUGAUAACGGCGGCACGCUCAAUUUCGCCGAGUUUCUCGUUCUCAUGGUCAAGCAACAUGGCGUCAACGGCGUCCAGCGAGCCUUCCUAUCCUACGAUGUGGACGGCUCGGGAAGCAUCACUCGCGACGAGCUGAAAGACUGGAUGACUCGCCACGGCCGCUUUCUCACCCGCCGCCAGGUCCAAAUGAUGGUCGAUGCCGUCGAUGUCAAUGGUGAUGGUGAAAUCGACUACGGAGAAUUCCUCAAUGGGAAAGAGUUAAACUCAGCAUUCCAACUUUUAAAACAUCGCAAGUUGUGUCUUUCUCCCAGUAGAUUCUUCUUUCUGUCACCGUGGAAUAUAAGUGCUGGAGAAAAGAUGUUUGGUGGAAAAUCCGCAGUCAUGCCCAGCUUUCGGUUAAAAACGAAACGCAAAUCUGAGCGUCCUCCAACGCAGCCUCAUCCCGCUCCUUCAAAGAUCUUUCGGCAAGAGGAUCUUCAUUAUGCAUCGGUCAGCCACGCUUCUACAAUGCCAAACAGGAAGAUUGAGAAGCGAGGUCGACCGCCGAAAACUGAAAAUGCAGGUUCUCAAAACGGCCGAAAAAAGAGUGAACGACUCAACAACAAUAAUGGAGAUCGAACAUCUCCUCCUGUACAAUCCCCUCCGCAACUACCUCAAAUCCCUAACGAUGGCCAGAUAGGCUGGAAGUGCACAACGCUCAAUCCAGAUGGAAAACCGUGUGGCCGGGUUUUUCUCGACAAAGCCGACAUUACUGUACAUAUAAAGCACGGUCAUAAAGACUCAAAAGGGAAGAAAACGAUGAAGAAGGUGAUGAUCAAAAAAGCCCUUUCAGAAGAAGAGGAACAGGAAAAAGCACUUCAAGCCAACGAAGCGAGCUUUCGAUGUUUUCUUUGCCCAAAUUUUAUUCCAUCGGUUUCCAGCACUAUCCAGAUGCAUUUACGAGAUGUGCACCCGCUCAAGAACUUAAAAGACCACUGCCGCGCAAAGAAACACGCUGAUCCCUUCAUGAAUAAGUUCCGCUGCUUGAUUUGCCCGCUUCGAACUUCGAAGACGGCGACGCUGGGAGUGCACCUGGGAGAUCACCCCGCCGCCGAAAUCUUCUCCUCGCUUGUAUAUAUCGUUCCUGACUCUUUCUCCUCAAAAGCUUCCGAGAAGCUCAAAGGAGCUCCUGUUCCUGUCCAUCCUGUAACGCCAAUGUGGGGUUAUGCGGAGUUGAUGCCGCGCUUUAGGGAAUGGGCGCCGAAUAUCCAGAAUAUACUCAAUGACGCCACUUACCGAGCUUAUUUCCAAGAAUACCUCAAGCCUAAUGACAGACGAUUAUUAACUCUUUACCAAGAUAUCGGCAAGUUCCGGUCAAACGUGGCCGUCUCUGCCUGCCCGGAUGCCAAUCAGAACAGCGAGCAAAGCGCGGAAGAUGCUCUGCGGGAUCAGAUCCUCUCUUCUGCGCUCAGUAACGUCACGGAAAUCAUUCAAGACUCUGUGAACGUAAAUGCGAAAACGGCCGAAGAAUUCAACGCAGAAGCCCAAAGAAUCAUUCGUCAUUACAGUGACGUAUUGAAUUUCGAAGCCAAAGCAGUUUCAAAUAUGAGAAGAAAGCUUGAAAAAGGGAAAGUGGUAGACGAAGAUUUCGCCGAUUUGUCGAAGCUAGUCGAACUCGGUCUUUCGAAAAAGAUUCCAGAUUUUCUUACGUCGAAAAAGUUCAAAGGAUUAUUGGUGGAAGUGUUCACGGACCACGAAAUUUCGCUGGAUCAAAUCCUGUCUUUUGACCAAAGUCGAGAAUUGUUCAGAGAUUUCAUGUCAAAAGAGAAGUCUUUAGAAGUGCUUGAUUUCUACCUGAAUACGAAAGACUUCGCGGCUCGUUUCCGCGAGAUUCCGAAAAAAGACCGAGACCAACUUCAAAAAACGAUCUUCAAGCAGCUCGGCGCGAUCGGCUUUUCUGACAAUGUGAAACAACAAGUCGAAGUCGGUCUCAAAAAUCCAUCAGCAAGCUCAUUCAAACUUCCAGCUCGACAGGCGCUUACGACGUUACAAACAGUUUAUCUACCGCUCUUUUUGCGCUCACCGCAGUUUCUCAACUUUCUGAAUGGAAUCAUGGAGCAAGCAGGGUUGAAUCUUGAUUCCAAGGCUCCGCAGAAAAACAGGGAAAGCGACACAAGCUCAAACUCUGGAAUCAACCUGACUGCCUCGUUUUCUCGCCCAGAACUGAUUUACUACCGUCCGCUCAGUGGCCACCUGUACUUAGGCCACAUCGACUCUUUGGGACGGUAUCGAUCAGAAACUCUCAACACGGGACCGAUCUUCGCCCACCUGGAGGCUAAGAAGGAAAAGGAGAAGUCCCUAUUCAGCUUCAAAAAUUUCAUGGGCCCAGUGAAAUACGACGAGAAAACAGUGGAAGAUGCGUGGAGAUCAGCACGAAUGUUUGUGGCGGAUGUAACAUCUCAAAAGCAGAAAUAG